AUGCGGGACGCUUCGGAGCGUGAGGCGGCAGAGCGACUUAUUCAUGCAGUCGGAGAUGGCCUCAAACACCUCCAAAUUGACUUUGCUAACGAUGAGCACGCGCAGAGUUUCGUCGAGAGCCAGUGUCUGCUGACAUGUGCAGGCUUGGAAUCCCUCGGCCUAUCUUCCCAUAUGUGCAAGGGCGACACCACCUCUCAAAUGAUUGCAUUGCUGUUGCAGCCCCCGUCCAGUAGGCAUCUCCAACGUCUGACGCUCCUCGCCACGCAUUAUCUCGCGAACGGAACUGUUGAUUUUGACCACCUCAGGAGGAUCGACACCAUUCUCGCACAAGACAAGUUGCAGAUGGUGGAAUUAUUCGUUCAUCUCAUUCCUCCCGCCAGCCACGCAGAGCAGAGCAUUCGAACGGAGACUCAGCUGGGGCAGGAAAUGGCAAGCUUACUCCCCACGCUAUUUCGACGCGGCGUCCAGAUUACAAUCAAGAUGCAUUACCGGUAUGGGUCCUAUGGCCAACAGUAUUCAUCACCGGAGUGA